AUGGAGGUGUCAACUUGUUCGCCUCUCUCCAUUCACUCUCGAUGCCUAUUCACCCACCACCCCUCCUCCUCACGCCUUCCGCCUCGUCAUCAUCUUCUUCCCUUACAAUCUGUAAAUCCUGUCUCUUCUUUUUUUAAUAUUUCUAUAAUUUCACAUAAUAAUACCCACGUGUUUCUUCACUCCAAUAGUAGUAAUCAUUUCUCCUCUAGAAAGCGAAAGAAAAUUGCUCCAAUUUCUUCUGUGUUUGAGCGGUUCACGGAACGGGCGGUCAAAGCUGUGAUUUUUUCUCAAAGAGAAGCUAAAUCAUUAGGCAAAGACAUGGUGUUUACUCAGCAUUUGUUGCUGGGUCUGAUAGUUGAAGAUCGCCACCCUCGUGGGUUCCUUGAAUCCGGAAUUAGCAUUGACGCAGCUCGAGAAGCUGUACGGGCCAUUUGGCAUAGUGGGCAAGGGACGGAUGCUCAAGGAGGAGCUGUGUCUGUUGGUAAAUUUUCUUCAACUACGAAUAUGCCGUUUUCUAUUAGUACCAAACGUGUUUUUGAGGCUGCAGUGGAGUAUUCGAGAACCAGAGGUCACAAUUUCAUUGCCCCUGAACAUAUUGCUCUUGGUUUGUUCACUGUUGAUGAUGGCAGUGCCAGUCGGGUCCUCAAGAGGCUAGGAGUAAGUGUAAAUCACUUGGCAGAUGUGGCAGUCUCUAGGCUUCAAGGGGAGCUUGCCAAAGAAGGUAGAGAACCAUCUUUGGCAUCCAAAGGGAUGCAUGAAAAGCCGCCUUCUGGAAAAGCUGCUGGUUUAAGGACCUUCGAGAAAACAAGAGGGAAAAGUGCACUAGAUCAGUUCUGUGUGGACCUUACAGCUCGUGCUAGUGAAGGAUUAAUUGAUCCCGUCGUUGGCCGAGAGACAGAAGUUCAGAGAAUUGUUCAGAUUCUUUGCCGUAGAACCAAAAAUAACCCCAUUCUUCUUGGUGAAAGUGGGGUUGGAAAAACGGCCAUUGCUGAAGGAUUAGCAAUUCGUAUUACACAGGCAGAAGUUCCGCCAUUUCUCUUGACAAAACAAAUAAUGUCCUUGGAUAUAGGAUUACUGAUGGCUGGUGCAAAAGAGAGGGGUGAAUUAGAGGCACGUGUCACUAAAUUAAUAAGCGAAAUACAAAAAUCAGGUGAUGUCAUUCUUUUUAUUGAUGAAGUCCAUACACUCGUUGGUUCUGGAACAGUUGGAAAAGGGAACAAGGGAACUGGACUUGACAUUGCUAAUCUGUUAAAGCCAUCACUUGGGAGGGGUGAAUUACAGUGUAUUGCAUCCACUACUCUAGAUGAAUACAGGACCCAAUUCGAAAAGGAUAAAGCAUUAGCACGAAGAUUUCAGCCGGUGUUGAUUAAUGAACCAAAUCAGGAGGAUGCAAUAAAGAUACUGUUGGGUCUGCGUGAGAAAUAUGAGGCCCAUCACAACUGCAGAUUCACACUUGAAGCAAUAAAUGCUGCUGUGCACUUGUCAGCGAGAUAUAUUUCUGAUAGAUAUCUUCCUGAUAAAGCCAUUGAUCUCAUUGAUGAGGCUGGAAGUAGAGCUCAUAUUGAGUCAUUUAAGAGGAAAAAAGACCAGCAAACUGGUAUACUUUCAAAGCCACCUGACGAUUAUUGGCAAGAAAUCCGUACUGUUCAGGCCAUGCAUGAAGUGGUCCAGUCAAGUAGGCUAAAAUAUGAUGAUUGUGCCACUGGCAUGGAUGAUACUGAUGAAAUUGUUGUAGAUUCCCCUUUGCCUUCCACUUCAGAAGCUGAUGAACCUACAGUGGUGGGACCUGAUGAUAUUGCAGCAGUUACUUCGCUUUGGUCUGGGAUCCCAGUUCAGCAGCUCACAGCUGAUGAAAGAAUGGUUCUACUGGGUCUUGAUGAGGAGCUCAAAAAACGAGUUGUUGGUCAAGAUGAGGCUGUUGCUGCAAUUUCUCGAGCUGUUAAGAGAUCUCGAGUUGGCCUGAAGGAUCCAGACAGACCCAUUGCUGCAAUGCUCUUUUGUGGCCCAACUGGGGUAGGCAAAACUGAGUUAACAAAAGCUUUGGCAGCUAGUUAUUUUGGUUCGGAGGCAUGCAUGCUAAGAUUGGACAUGAGUGAAUAUAUGGAGAGACAUACUGUGAGUAAAUUGAUAGGAUCACCUCCGGGUUAUGUUGGGUAUGAGGAGGGAGGUAUGCUUACAGAAGCUAUUCGAAGACGGCCUUUUACAGUGUUAUUGCUAGAUGAAAUAGAGAAAGCCCACCCAGAUAUAUUCAACAUCCUUCUCCAAUUGUUUGAGGAUGGCCACCUAACAGAUUCUCAGGGUCGGAGAGUAUCGUUCAAGAAUGCAUUGAUAGUGAUGACCUCAAAUGUCGGCUCUACUGCAAUUGCAAAGGGUAGACGCGGGUCCAUUGGUUUCUUGCUUGAAGAUGAUGAGUCAAGCACAUAUGCUGGAAUGAAAGCACUGGUAAUGGAGGAACUCAAGACAUAUUUUCGUCCCGAGUUACUCAAUAGGAUAGAUGAAGUGGUUGUCUUUCAGCCGCUUAAGAAAGAUCAGAUGCUUGAGAUCUUAAAUAUGAUGCUGCAAGAAGUGAAGGAAAGGCUUAUAUCUCUGGGGAUUGGGCUGGAGGUAUCUGAGUCAGUUAAAGACCUGGUAUGCCAACAAGGUUAUGACAAGGCUUACGGUGCCCGCCCUCUUCGGAGGGCAGUAACGUCCAUAAUCGAAGAUCUUGUAAGUGAAGCAGUACUUACAGGAGAUUACAAACCAGGUGACACUGCCAUUGUUGAUUUGGAUGCUUCUGGGAAUCCAUUCGUGGCAAAUCGAUCAGAUAAAAGUACGAAAUUGUCUGAUAGAACAUCCAUCUUCUAGUUAGUUGACGUAUUUUUAUAGGUGUAUAUAAUUAAUGUGGGCAGUUUUAUUUGUAGUUGAGGUGAUCUCAUUAAUUUAAUUUAAAGCUGUAUAUAAUUGAAGCUUAUAUGUAUUUCCAGCAUUGAGCUAAUACAUUUAGAUAUUCAAUUCAAUGAAUAAAGUCAUAAACAAUAUAUAGGCACAAUUCUUGGAAUAAAAUCAGUGAACAUUUCCGCCA